AGGACUUUAUGAAACCCACGAACUUAAACGCAUCACGUUGCCGACUUCCGCGCUGGCUCAAAAAGCACUCGAACGCACCACGACUGCUUCAGUGUUCGGGCGCCUGGGAGAAGUCAAGAUGCAGACUAUAAAAUGUGUGGUGGUGGGCGACGGCGCUGUGGGGAAGACCUGCCUGCUGAUUUCAUAUACCACCAACAAGUUCCCGUCUGAAUACGUCCCCACGGUGUUUGACAACUACGCUGUGACGGUGAUGAUUGGUGGCGAGCCGUACACUCUGGGACUGUUUGACACCGCAGGCCAGGAGGACUACGACAGGCUGCGACCCCUCAGCUACCCCCAGACAGACAUCUUCCUUGUCUGCUUCUCCGUCGUGUCGCCGUCGUCCUAUGAGAAUGUCAAAGAGAAGUGGGUGCCGGAGAUUACCCACCAUUGCCAGUCCACGCCGUACCUACUGGUGGGCACGCAAAUGGACCUGAGGGACGACCACAACACCCUGGAGAAGCUGGCCAAGAACAAACAGCGAGCUCUGAUGCCCGAGCACGGAGAGAAGCUGGCGCGAGAUCUGAGGGCUGUCAAAUAUGUGGAGUGUUCAGCGCUGACGCAGAGGGGGCUGAAGAACGUGUUUGACGAAGCCAUCCUGGCGGCGCUGGAGCCUCCUAUGUCCAAACCCAAGCGGCGCUGCGUCCUGCUCUAAGGCGCUUCUCAGCCCAGACGAAGAGGGCGAGGUGGUGGGCCGGGGGGUAUACUUAAACAUGGCAUAGAUAUCAAGGAGGAAACAACUUUGUUGCCAUCUGUAAAACAUUCGAAGAAAAACUCUAAGGCAACCACUAGAGACGUGCCUUAAAAGAACAAUUUCCAAAGUCUUAAAUCACUUUUUUGGUCCAAAGAAGCCUCGGCCAUAAAGUGUUUCCUAUUUUAAAAUCCCCAAAAUAAUGCUGAUGUGGGCUAGCCGCUGUACUGCUCAUCACAAAAGUGCACAACCAUACAAGUGCAGAUGUUAGACAGUGGCUUCCUUCUGCAAACCUAACUGUAGUUUGCAGUCCUUGUCCAAAAGCAACAUGCAGUCAUCGAUUCAGAAGAAAAUUGAUAUUGUGAUGGGUCUUCUUCAACAUGAAUGCCCUCUUUGAACAUCAGUAGAAGGCUUCAGAUCUUGCGCUCAAAUCUUUUAAUCACUUUCUGGACCAAAAGAGUUUGAUAUAAUUGUUCCUUUUUAGCUUAUUUAUCUUUAUAUGGGUGUAAACUAGCGUGACCUCAUCACUCCUUCCACCAAUGAGGCGUAAACUACUGCUCCUUAAAGACAACACGCCAGGUGCAAUAUUCCCGUUGAGCUGGUGCUCAUCCAUUGUUGUGCAAUAAUACUUAGUACCUCUUGAGACGCUAGUGAGUCUGCUAGCAACUAAAUUUCUUACUUCCUGCUGGCAUGCUGGGGCUUGCCGACAGAAUGUUAAGGUUCGUCUUUGUAGGCCAGUACAAGUGUUGAGAAAUAUUUUUAAAUACUGACUUCUGUUUACCAUCACCUCUUCUCUGAAUGAUGCUUUUGUUCCAAUAUCGUAAAGACGAUGAGAAGUAUUAUCAUGAAUAUAUCUUAUUCUGUCAUGUGCCCACGUGACUUUUGGAAAAUGAUAAGCUUCUUCAACAAACAAUAAUGUUUCAGCUGCUGGCAAUGAAUAAAAAAACACUUGACCUUU